GGGGAAGGGGUGGCGGGGGAGAUCCCACACAAGCAGCCAAUCCAGCUGUCCCGGGGAGGAAGAGGAGGAGUCAAGGCCCGCCCCGGGUCUCCGCACUGCUCAGUCCAGCUCUGUGAGGUUGGCACGGUUGCUGAUCUUCGGUCCCUUUGGUUCUCUUAGUCCCGAGCGCUCGCCCACUGCAGCUUCCUUUCCCGUGCAGAUAUGGCCUCUGGCACCACCACCACCGCCGUGAAGAUUGGAAUAAUUGGUGGAACAGGCCUGGAUGAUCCAGAAAUUUUAGAAGGAAGAACUGAAAAAUAUGUGGAUACUCCAUUUGGCAAGCCAUCUGAUGCCUUAAUUUUGGGGAAGAUAAAAAAUGUUGAUUGCGUCCUUCUUGCAAGGCAUGGAAGGCAGCACACCAUCAUGCCUUCAAAGGUCAACUACCAGGCGAACAUCUGGGCUUUGAAGGAAGAGGGCUGUACACAUGUCAUAGUGACCACAGCCUGUGGCUCCUUGAGGGAGGAGAUUCAGCCCGGUGAUAUUGUCAUUAUUGAUCAAUUCAUUGACAGGACCACUAUGAGACCUCAGUCCUUCUAUGAUGGAAGUCAUUCUUGUGCCAGAGGAGUGUGCCAUAUUCCAAUGGCUGAGCCGUUUUGCCCCAAAACGAGAGAGGUUCUUAUAGAGACUGCUAAGAAGCUAGGACUCCGGUGUCACUCCAAGGGGACAAUGGUCACAAUCGAGGGACCUCGUUUUAGCUCCCGGGCAGAAAGCUUCAUGUUCCGCACCUGGGGGGCGGAUGUAAUCAACAUGACCACAGUUCCAGAGGUGGUUCUUGCUAAGGAGGCUGGAAUCUGUUACGCAAGUAUCGCCAUGGCGACAGAUUAUGACUGCUGGAAGGAGCAUGAGGAAGCAGUUUCGGUGGACCGGGUCUUAAAGACCCUGAAAGAAAAUGCUAAUAAAGCCAAAAGCUUACUGCUGACUACUAUACCUCAGAUAGGGUCCACAGAAUGGUCAGAAACCCUCCAUAACCUGAAGAAUAUGGCCCAGUUUUCUGUUUUAUUACCAAGACAUUAAAGUAGCAUGACUGCCCAGGAGAAAAGAAGACAUUCUAAUUCCAGUCAUUUUGGAAAUUCCUGCUUAACUUGAAAAAAAUAUGGGAAAGACAUGCAGCUUUCAUGCCCUUGCCUGUCAAAGAGCAUGUUGUAAGAAAGACAAGACAUUGUGUGUAUUAGAGACUCCUCAAUGACUUGGACAACUUCAAAAUACAGAAGAAAAGCAAAUGAUCAGUAAACAUGUGGGAAAAAAUAUUACAUUUUAGAGGGAAAAAAAAACCACCAUUAUCUUCUUCCCCUAUUAAAUUUGCAACAAUAAAGGUUGGAGGGUAAUCUCUACUUUCCUAUACUGCCAAAGAAUAUGAGGAAGAAAUGGGACUCUUUGGUUAUUUAUUGAUGUGACUAUAAAUUGGUACAGUAUUUCUGGAGGGCGCUUUGGUAAAAUGCAUCAAAAGACUUAAAAAUACUGAUGUACUUUGUGCUGGGAACUCUACAUCUAGGAAUUUCUCUUUAAAACCGUAUCAGAGAUACAUACAAAGAAUUACAUAUAAAGAAGGGUGUUUAAUAAUGAUAGUUAUAAUAACAAAUAAUUAAAACAAUCUGAAUACCCAGCAAUUGGAGGCAAAUUAUGUCUUAGUUAUAAUUAGAUUGUGAAUCAGCCAACUGAAAAUCCUUUUUGCAUAUUUUAAUGUCCUAAAAAGACAUGGUUGCUCUAUAUAUGAAAUGAAAAAAGGAUGCGGUAGCAUUUUAUAGUACUAGUUUUGCUUUUAAAUGCUGUGUAAAUAUACAACAAAACUAGAAAGAAAUAUAUAUAUAAUCUUGUUAUUGUAUUUAGGGGAGGGAUACUGGGAUCAUUUUUAUUUUCUUUGAAUCUUUCUGUGUCUUCACACUUUUCUACAAUGAAUAUAAUCAAAUAGUAAAGUUGUUGUAAAAAUAAAAAUGGAUUUAGAAAGAUCCAGUUCUUGAAAACAUUGUUUCUGGUAAUGAAGCAGAAUUUAAGACGGUAAUAUUAAGGUGAAUGUCAUUUAAGGGAGUUACAUCUUUAUUCUGCAAAAGAAGAGGAUCAUUGAUUUCUGUACAGUCAGAACAAUACUUGGGUUUGCAACAGCUUUCUGAGAAGAGCUAGGUGUUUAAUACUGAGGUAGUCUAAAAGCAAACUGUUUAAAAGACUAAAGGCACAUUUUAUGGUGUCUGAUAUUUUAAGAGGUAAUGUUUGAUUCUCCUUUUUAUGAGUUAAAUUAUUUUACACGAGUUGGUGAUUUUUGCUUUUUAAUAAAGUGGAAGCUUGCUUUUUUAACUCUUUUUUAUUGUUAAUUUUAUAAAAAUGGCUUUUUGUUUUCUUCAGGUUUUUAUCAUGGGGAGAUAUUUUUCCUCAGAAUUAUUUUCUUUUCACUGUAGACUAUUACAGGAUACUUAAGGAUCCGGAUACAGAACCUUUUAUUUAAAGAGUUUGUAAAGUCAAUGUGUUUGUUUGUGUCUGUGAGAUUGACUUCAAGAUAAUAAGCUGCUGACUGUAAACAAAACAGUUACUCUCCAUUAUUAAUCUGAGUCAUUAGUGUGAGCCAUUUGGGUCAAGUAUGAUUAUGACCCUUGGAUUCCCUCAUGUAGUAUUAAAUUUCAACUCUGGUUAUCCAUUAGCAAUCCGUAGAGAACUUAAUGAACCUGAACCCAGGCUUCUCUAGCUCUGUAACCUGUGAUUGUUUUCGCUACAAUAUGGUACAUAGAUGGUACCUUACUUUUCCUCAUUCUUAGUAGGUGUCUGAAUGUCAGGGCAAAAAUAUGGGCAUUUUUCCUGCUGUGUUCAGAAAGUACAGUUCUCUCCAACUUGCAGAGGUACUUUUCUUGAUUAAAUAGCCUUCUCUAGCAACAUCAUUUUCAGACUAACCAAAUGAAUGCAGUAUACUCUUUUCUUUCACCCAAUCAUUCAUGCCUUACACAAAGCCAAUAUACUUUUCCUCAUACCUUAUGCUUGAGGAUAUUGUUGAAGAACACUUCCUGGAACACUUCUCACUUGUGAUGCUGUACUAGUUUUUUUUUAAUUAUUAUUUAAGCUAGUAUAUUAAGUGAACACCAUGGUCAGUUGUGAGCAUUUUGGUUUCCCCAAAGGAUGAAUGGUGAGUAUCAUGAGAAGCUGUAGUUUAGUGACUUAGCCCUUACUGAUUAAUAGAUUUGCAUGUACAUAGAAGCCUUUGUUGGCAUAAUCUGCUGUUGUGUUUGGCAUUGAUUUUCAUGGUUUUGAGAGUGACAUCCUGGCCCUGUGGUCCCCGAGGGUCAUGGUCCUUAUGACCUGUACCCUGUUCACUGCCCCCUUCAUUAGCAUGAGUCGCUGUGCAGGGCCAGAGGUAGCUACCAUGGCUUGGUUCAAGGAAGAAAACUCAGGGACAGUGGCACCCUCAGGAGCAGAGGACAGCGAACUUCCUUGAAGAGGGAGUGACUAAGGUGACCCCCAACCUGCCCUGAGCCAGCCACCCUGCAAGUGCCAUGUGAGCCUGCUCUGGCAUCCACAGGAUGCUCCUGGAGCCUCUUCUCUGGCUGUUACUUCAGGGACAUGGUUGUGACCACAGCAACACGUAUUUUCCAAAUAAUUAUUCAUUCUUGUGACAGUGGCCUGAACAUGUUUUUAAUUUUCUCAACAAGCAUUUAGCCAGCACUUAUCCAGUGAAACAAUUUGAUAAGGUUUCGAGGAGCAUCUGCUGGGUUAGGAAGUCACAGACUGAGGAGUUUGUGCCACAAUUUCUAGAGUGCCUCCUUGAUGUGUUUUGGCUGUGUCCCCACCCAAAUAUCAUCUUGAAUUGUAGUUCCCAUAAUCCCCACAUGUUGUGGGAGGGACCCAGUGGGAGGUAGUUGAAUCAUGGGGGUGGUUACCCCCACGCUGCUGUUCUCAUGAUAAUGAGUUCUCACAAGACCUGUUGGUUUUAUAAGGGGCUUUUCCCCCUUUUGCUCAGCACUUCUUCCUGCCAUCAUGUGAAGAAGGACGUGUUUGUUUCGCCUUCCACCAAGGUUGUAAGUUUCCUGAGGCUUUCCCAGCCAUGUGGAACUGUGAGUUAAUUAAACCUGUUUCCAUUAUAAAUUACCCAGUCUUGGGUAGUCCUUUACAGCAGUGUGAGAACAGACUAAUACACUCCUCAAAUGUUUUGAAGAUUGUUGCACCUUGGAACACCAGUGUGCAUGGAAUCCGGCUCAAUAUAUGUAUUGGCCCAGCAAGGCAAAGAACUGAAGUUUCAACAUGGAAGAACCUGUGUUGUCCUCAUAAUAGUAUAGAAUAAUUCAAGAUAGGCAAGAAGGACAGCAGUGAAUGAAGACCGUGGAAGAAAAAAAGGAAUGCCAAAGAUAGAGGAAAUCUACCAAGACUAGUAGGGUAGUCCAGAGGAAGCCGUUUCAGGGCCUGUUGCCAGCUAUGCCUUUGAGAACCUUGGGAUCCAGAAGAAUGAGGGGAAUUUCUUCAGAAAGACAAUUUCAGCGUGCAUUAUUUCUUUGUUUUGGAGAUUCACUCAUGUUGUUGCAUGCAUCUCUAGCUUGUGCCCUUUUGUGCCUAGUAGUAUUCUGUCAUAUGCCUAUCUUACAACUUGAUUAUCUGUUCACCUGUUGAUGAAUGUUUGAAUUGUUUCCAUUUGAGGAAUUUUACGAAUAAAGCUGCUAUAAGCAUGAAA